UUGCAAUGCAGUCUUUUAAAACCAGGUUUGUCCAUGGUGUCGUUUAGGUUGAAUGUAUAUUUUUGAGCACAUUUUCCAACUUCUGAAAAAGGUUUUUCUGACUUCUUAAAGUAAUGGUUAGGAGACAGUUUUAAGCCAAUUCUAAGCAUUUCCAUCUGAAUCUUUUAUCUUCAGAAAAUCUAACCUCUUGUGUGGUGACUUUCAUUGAGUGACUUUUUGUUUUUUUUGCAGGGACAUCAGUCUUUUUUUCAAAGAAAGUAUCUUCAUCUUCCCUAGUUUCAUCAUGUGUAGAUGAAGAUUCUGAUGCAGAAAGGACUCACACCAGCUGCUGCAGUUCAUACCAAUAAAGAAGAUCCAGCUACCCAAACAAAUUUGGGAUUUAUCCAUGCAUUUGUGGCUGCCAUAUCAGUUAUCAUUGUAUCUGAACUGGGUGAUAAGACAUUUUUUAUAGCAGCCAUUAUGGCAAUGCGCUAUAACCGUUUGACAGUGUUGGCUGGUGCUAUGCUUGCCUUGGGCUUAAUGACGUGCUUAUCGGUGUUGUUUGGCUAUGCUACCACAGUCAUCCCCAGGGUAUACACCUACUAUGUUUCAACUGCGUUAUUUGCCAUUUUUGGCAUUCGAAUGCUUCGGGAAGGCCUAAAGAUGAGUCCAGAUGAAGGCCAAGAGGAACUUGAAGAAGUACAAGCAGAAUUAAAGAAAAAAGAUGAAGAAUUUCAACGAACUAAACUCUUAAAUGGACCAGGAGAUGUUGAAAUGGGUGCAAACACGAUACCUCAGAAAAAGUGGCUGCAUUUUAUUUCACCCAUCUUUGUUCAGGCUCUUACAUUAACAUUCUUAGCAGAGUGGGGUGAUCGCUCUCAACUAACUACGAUUGUUUUGGCAGCUAGAGAGGACCCCUGUGGCGUAGCUGUGGGAGGGACCGUGGGACACUGCUUGUGCACUGGGCUGGCUGUGAUCGGAGGACGCAUGAUAGCACAAAAAAUCUCUGUCAGAACCGUGACAAUCAUAGGAGGCAUCGUAUUUUUGGCGUUCGCAUUUUCUGCACUAUUUAUAAGUCCCGAUUCUGGUUUUUAACAAGCUCUUCAUUCGUAUUUAGUUUAAGAUAGGUAACUCCUGUGUGUAUGUACAUAGUGUACAUGGAAACUAAAAGUGAUGAAAACUACUGUGUUUUGUAGCAAUGAGUUAUUAUGUCCAAAAGAAAUAAUCAUUGAUUCUAUUUGCAACAUGGAUUUUUAAAAGAAACCUGAUGUCUAAGUGUGGAUUUUUCUUUUCUCCAGUGUAAUUAUGUUAAUACAGCCUCUGUUUUGAGGACUUUUUUGGCUUUUGGGGGGGCGAGGGGGCAGUAUACACAGAACCAUUGUGCAGUGAGGUCUACCAUUUAAUUUUAUUUUUCAGCACUGAUCACUUUAUAAGGAAUAUGUUUUUUUGCCCUGGAUCACUGAGGUGCUUUCAGAUGUUUAUCUUACAAUUUUUCUUGGGGGAAGAAUGAGUUAAUUUCUAUCUUUUUAAAGCAUUCCUCCAAACCAGUAAGCAGUAGUUUAAUCCUAAAUCUUUUCAAAAUUAGGUUAAAAAAGAGAGAGCAAGAAAAGUAUGUUAAUCAGCUCUUCCACAUCCAGGGAUUCAAACCACCACAGAUGGAAAAUACUUGAAAAAAUGUUACAUUGUUAUUGACAUAUAUAUACUCUGUGGUUAGGCCUACAGUGGAGGGUUGUGUCUGUAUGGAAUAUAUACAGACUUUUCCUGUCAUUACUCCCUAAAUAUAGUAUAACAACUAUUUACAUAGCAUUUAUAUUGUAUGAGGUAUUAUAAUCUAGAAAUUAUCUAAAGUAGAUGUGAGUAGGUUAUAUGAAAAUACUCCACCAUUUUAUAUGAGACACUUGAGCAUCCUUGGGUAGACGGGAGGGCCCUGGAACCAGUCCCCCUCAGACACCAAAGGACAACUGUACUGUUAUAUCAAUAACAUGACAAGAAUUGUUUGCCAGGCCAUUCUUCCUCUUUUUAAAAAAAUUGGGUAGGAAACCCAAUAUAAAAGAGUCAAUAUUUGACAACGUGGAAUUACCAAAUUAAAGGAGAAUACUAUGAGUGUAUUCGUAUUUUUUCUAUAUUGAAUAAACAAUGUAACAGAUACAAUGUAAAUAAAAGUGGUAUGACCAGUGUUUGUUUU